AUGUCUUCUUCAGAGUUCGCUCCCGAGAAAGAGAAUGUUGCUCCUCAAAAAUUCCCUUACAAAGUGCGAAAGCCAAACAGAAGACACACGUUGUUGCCUGUGCCUCCCAGAAGCAUUCUGAAAGCUUCAGCGGAUCAGAACCAUACGAUCGCUAUAAUACCCAAAAAUAAAUCAAAGAAGAGGCGGGUUUCGUUUGCCACAGACGUCGAUGUUCGCAGCAUCAUCCACCGGACCCAUGAGACGGACGAGAACCAACAUAGCGUUGGAUUUCAUCCACGCAGACGUGACUCGCUGCAGAUAACUCCCUCAUACUCUCAGAAAAGAAUAUCAUUCUUUGAGCGCAAUGACAAUUCACCGAGUGCAGACGAGAACGAAGACUGUUCACAAGUUGUUGAUAAGGUCAAAUUCUCACCUGGUUUGAUUGAAGAGGAUAACUUGAGUCAGCCGAUGGAGAUGUCAGAAGAGUUGAAUGCUGAGGUGCGUGACCUUGUUCGCAGAAACUACGAUUCAGAACCAGAGACGUUCGAGCCUGCUGAUGCCCCGAAUUUGGAGGCUACAUUCAAUCAGAUAGAUGAAGAGGACACGAUGGAACUCACUCAGCCUGUCAAGAGACCGGAAGCACUAAACACCGAGUCUGUGCUCGAAUUAGAAGUCUCGCAACCAAUGGACUUUACACAGCCAGUUCGCCUAGAAAACAGUGCCGAUGAAAAUACAGGGCUUUCGCAGCAGGAGCCGGAGGAUUCAAUGGAAAUCACGCAAGCCAUCCGUCACGAUCAUGGAGAACCUAUAGACACAGAGGAAACGAUGGAAAUGACGCAAAUAAAUAAAUCUGUUGCCGACUCGCAGGAGCCUAUGGAGCUCACUCAGCCAGUGCGAGCCGUUGCACGAGAUCUAUCUUCCUCUAGCCUGAAAACUCCGCCACGUUCUGAUAAAUCGCAUAUCUCUACUCCUAAUUCAAGUGCCAGAGCUCAAAAGAUCCGCACUGAUGAGUUUGGUUCUCCACAGAGCGCUUCCAAAGAGUCGGUGCUUGAUUUGGGAGAGCUUACAAAGCCGAAAGACAUCAUCCAGAACCUGAAGAGAGCAGAAGAACAACAAGAUGAGGUGGACGCCUGUCAGAAGGAGGAGGGGCAAGGUGAGCAGAAAGAUGACGAGUUUAAAGAACAGAAUGCAAGUGCAGACAUGAGUGCUUUUGAGGAGUCCAUUAUCAUUGCAGAGAAAGUUCCAUUAGCCGAGGUGACUAUGGAUUCAGAAAAUGAGGAACCCAAUUUUGAAGAUGAGGAUGACGACUAUGUUCAUGUGACUCUUCCACAGUUCCUCAAUCAGGUUCAGGUUCAAUUUUAUGACAACAUUGGACCUUCCGAGCGCGAAUUGACUGUGGCCAGUGAGGGAUCGGGAUCUCAGGCUCUUCAUAAAUAUGUGGAUGCCGUGACAGAGUUCCCCAACUUUGAUUACUUCUAUCAUCUAAUUGCUCAGCGCAAGUCGGGUAUUGAUCGCUCGCAAAGGAGCAUCGAUGAUUUCAGUGAGGCAAUCAUCAACAACAACCCAACUUCCGUCAGAGAGUUUUACGAGAGCACAGAUGAGGUUCAAAAGGAUUUGAAGGUCAACUACCAAGCGCUGGCAAGUCUGGCGCGAACUAUUGCUGAACAUGGCAACCUGGUGUUUAUGACAAACUCCUUGGAAGGACUGCUCAAAUCGUACGAGAACCGCAAAGCUUCAGUGAACUCUCAGGUUGCAGACAUGGAGGAAAUUCGGGCAGCUUUCACUUCCGAAUACCAAAAUUGUGUAAAGAGGAAAGCAGAUCUCACGAAGACACUGGCUUUACUGCAAGACAGGCAGAAGAAUUUCGCGAAUGUUGACCUUGACAAGCUAGAACAGUUGAAAAGCCGAGUGGAAGCUGCACAAGAACGAAAUGCACGUCUUGGAGAGUCCAAGGCGAAGCUUCAGAAGGAGAUUGCCGAAGAGGAAGAUAUGUUUAAACGCGUCUCCACCGAACUAUUAGAAGCACACGAAGAAGACAAGCGGCUGAAGAAACGUGUUAUGGAACUCAAACUCCCAUCCCAAAAUGAGCUAGACCUCUUGCAACGGCAGUUCGUUGACCUCCAAAGAACCACACAGGUGGAGCUUCUUGUGCUGAACGAAAAAGAGUUCAAGGUGCAGAUCAUGAAAGAGCUUGGGAUCAGUGUUGACCUUUCCACUGGCGCCAGGACACUGACGAUUUCUCCAACCAACAUGCAGUUUAGGGAUUUGUACUCCAGAUUCGCUGCCAGUUUGCAGUCUGUAAAGGGUGUUUGCUUGAGAGAUUACUUUGUUCAAGUGCAGCAAUCUUAUAAACAGUUCAAAGAGCUGGUCAGAGAGCUUUGUAUUCUCCAGCUAUAUUACCAGUUCCAGCAAAAGGGCAACGACGUCGUGAUCACCAUCACCAAAUCAGAUCUGUACAAGCUAGAUGCGAAGUUUAACGUGGACGAGCUGCUCUCAUUUUCCGGGCCGGUAAGGGUGACCACGCAGCUGGCUAGUCUAUGCGGGAACGAAUUUGCAGCGGAUGAUAUCUUAAAAAACGCACUCACCGAAACCAGCCUCAAUAUUCUACAGCGAAUAGAGAAAUAG